GGAUGUGGCCCGAUCCGUCCGCUACGUCAGAUUCUCCCGACAGCGUACAGACAAAAUGCAGGAAAGAGACCGAACGACCGAAUACCGUACUCGUACUCCGGGUUUCGUUGAAGACAUUGAAAAUAAAAGUGACUUCCACUGCGAGGUUGAAGAUGUGUUCGCCGGGGGACAAGGGAAUGGAGACUAGGGGGGGUGAGUUCGAACUGCUUCAGUGCUAUCUGCUUCAGUCGAUAAGGAGACAAACAAAUUUUCUCUCAUAUGCUCUUAUGCGUACGCAGACUCACAAACCAUCAGGCACACUCACCAACCCAGGUCGGGUGAGUUGGUGACGCUGAUAACGCGCGUUCCUCUGCUCGUCUAUCGACCUACGUUCUAGUGGUUGCGGUCGCGGACAGGAAGAGGCAAAGCAUCCGAUCAUACUCGGGUACGGUCACCACGUAUUCAGAACCGAGCCCUUCAGUUUUACCUUGGACUCUCGCGUGUGCUGUAGUGCCUAUAUACAGUGUGUGCCCCCUGUGUGAGCCAGCGCGUACGUUCGCCCGCUAGAGGCUGCCGCCCGCGUUCAAUUUUGAACGACUCGGUGUGUUCUUUAUCGCAUUUCGCUGCAGUUUCUUCCCUGUGAGUCCGUGAGUGCGUUUUCAUCGGAGCGGUUCUUGUCGACGAGAAAAACCAAACAGUGUCUUCAAAAACCACCUUCAGAAGGGCUUCUUUCACACCCGCCACAGUUUGCAAGGCUGCUGUUUGCCGCCAUGUGGUAACGAUCAAGUUCCGAUCCUCUCGCUCCCCCCACCAGCAAUGGGCCGCUCGCAGUCGAAGGAGCAACCGGGCGGCAGCAAUCCGUUCGAGGCGGAAAUAGCCCGCAAGCAGCGCCGCGAGCAAACGGUCCGGGAGCUAACGCAGGAGCGGCGGGAACAGGAACGGCGUGCCCAGAAAGCGCGCCAGCGCGCCGAAAAGGAGGCCAAAAAGCAGCAGAAAAAAAAGAAGAAAAGCGCACGGAAGAGUGGUGGCGGGAAGAAGCAGCGCAAAUCGAAGUUGGACGAGCUGCGCGACACGGAACCGCCGCCGAUCGUGCGCAAGUCCAAGGCCAAGCUCGAGGAAAGUGAUUACGAUUCGGAAGCGAAGCGCCGAAUGCAGCACCAGCUCGCAUUCAACAGUGAUAUCUUCGUGCUCAACCAGCUAGUGCUCGGCGUACAGUUCUACGGUAACUUUGAAAGGGAAAUGUGGGAAGCGGUCGAGCGAAAUCGUAAUGAGGAGAAUCGUCGCAAUGGAAAGACAUCACGCCACUGUAAAACUGUCAUCCUCCCGGAUCGUCUGUUGGAAGCUGUAGACAUGCGUGUAAAGUUCUAUGCAAAACACGGGCCAUAUAAGAAUCGACUGCUGCCAUUGCAUACGCAGACCUGCUACGUCGUGCAUGACAACAUCGAAAUUACGAACCCUGGGGAUAGUUCGGUCUAUAGCAUUCUUACUGAUGCGCCUAUCUACAAGCUAGAAAUUGAGGAUUCGCUCGACGACAAGCUGAAACAGGCAGGUGAUGGAGUGGUGCGUAAACGUCGCACCAACUGUCACCAUGGUUACAUCAAGCUAAAGUCGGUCGAGUUUAUCAAACCGAACAAUCCACCAACGCUGGACCGGAUGGCAACCGCACAGCGGUUAAUUGCUUACGGCACCGAACCAGGCCCGAGUGGGCUCAGGCAGAAACUCGGCACUGCCAACGGCAUGGCGAAGGUAAACAGUCUCAGUGAAAGUGAUACUCUUGAGGAGGAGGAGGAGGAUGACGAUGACGACGAGGAUGAUGACAACGAUGAGGAUGAUGAAGAGAAUGUACGGGGUGAGAAUCGCUUUACCAAGCUAAAAUAUCGGGACAGCAUUAUGGUGAAGUAUCCGAAGGUGGGUAACGGUGUAUAUGGCAAGAAGCAACCAGAGCUGCUGCUAGCAAAUGCCGGAGUACCAUCAACGUCGACCAGCUCCACAUCUCCGCCUAGUAGCGAGUACGAUUAUGCGUACAUUACUGCCAUCAACACACAUCAACCGUUGAGUGUGAUGCGAUCGGCCGGAGGUGAUGAAGCACCAGUCAGUACUACCGUCCUGCCGGAUUACUGCAUCACAACGAUUAGCUGUCCGAUAGAGGUGAACGAAGGUUACUAUAGUGAUGACGAGUCGGAAGGAACGGACAAGCUGAGCGCACUGUACCUCGUCAAGGCGAACGGCACAGGUGGAGUCAAUGGGCAGAGUAGCUCGAGAGGUAAAAUGAAUCACCUGCAUCAUCAUCCGCACCACAGCAAUCCGGAAUACACGACCGAGCGGAGACAAUAUCUCAACUCCAAAGGAUUUCUGGCGUACUUUGUAAACCUGUUCCAGGACACGCUUGCCUCCGAGCUGGACAUCCCGGCUGAGGAUUUGCGUAACGCAACCUGGAAGGGUGCGGUCGUAUACAGCGGCCAGUGGGAAAUCAUACCCGCCAUCCUGUGUCCGUGGCCACGGGAAGCCAUCGAAUGGGUGCACCGUAAGCGUGACGUCAAGAUCAACCCCUUAACAAGGCAGAAGUUCCAAUGGCCAACGCAGCCAAUGAUCCAGAAGGUGAAAUCGUUCGGCUGCCACGUCAUACCGAUCGGGUACGCACCGAAACAGGGCCAGAACCGGUACCGGCAGCUCGAGUGGAAGAUUGUCUUUCCCGAGGCGGAACGCUACCUUGAGAGCUGUCUCACCGGGACGCAGAUCAAGAUCUACAUGAUCACAGUGCUGCUGCUGAAAACGUUUGUGGAGCCAAAUCUUACACCCGGCAUGAGCAUGUUCGGCAUGGAGCAUUUGCGUGCCCAUCUGUUCUGGCAAUGCGAAACGAACUACGCAGCGUGGCCGGAAGAUUAUCUCGGCGAGGCACUGUUGCGCUUUCUCAACGCUUUGCUCGAUCGCAUAAAGACGCAUACGCUGCCCGAUUACUUUCUGCCGAGCCGGAACCUGUUCGAAAACGUACCGGAACGGGUACUGGUGGAGCUGCACAAGCGUAUCUUUCGCAUCACAGAGAACCCGGUGAUGCAUAUGCUGAUUGCGCUGCGCAAUCUGAAGCUACCUAGCGCCCGGUUAACGUUCUAUCCGAAGAUACGGAUCAAACGGCUCUACUCGUACCUGGUGAUCGACAACCCGCUCAAGAUCGUUAACCCGAUGCUGCGCGAUGAGGAUGAGAACCUGGCGGCCGAGGACUCGGACGAGAAUGAUGCGAACGAGCGUGAGAUUGCCGUCGGGUCGAUGGCUUACUACAAUCAGCAGGAGGUAGAAUCGCGCCGCAAAAGGACCCGCAUCGUGCGUUUCUUGGUGGCGGAACAGCUCAAGAAGGAGCGGGCAGUACAACCGGAACGUCGCCAGUCGGUGGAAUCGAUCGAUUUGACGUUUGUUUUUAACUUUCAGUUUCUACCGCUCAAACACAUGGAGAACCUGCGCCGACAGCUUAUCUACGGGCUGUUCGUGGAGCAUUUCCUGGAGAUGGCACGUGUGUCCUGUGGCUUUCGGACGCUCAACCAGGCGUUGAUCUAUCUACGUCAGGCAGAGCGGCUCUGCAAUCUACUCGCGGAUGACGAGGGCCUUGAGGAGGCCCGGCAGUACCUUAACCAGAUAUACGGCUUGCGUCUAGAGCUCGCAAAAGCUAAUGCAAAGGGAGCGGAUCGACCGGCACUGCCGAAGCGCACCAGUACCAGCGAGAAUCGUCCUAUCGCUAGCCGAAAACCUUCGGUCACGCGUCGGAACAGCAAACGUACCACCUACACCAACGUUCGCCAAACGUCCGUGGGGACAAAACGUAACCAGCAGCAACCGCGCUUCUUCUCGCCCGACAACGAAGACGACGACGACGAUGACGACGACGAAGAAUGGGAAGACAUCGAACGGAAGGAGAUUGAAUUGAGCGGCGGCGCUGGACGUAACCAACGGCGAACAUCCCGACCACCUUCGUCCCAACCUGCUGGCGGGUUGCGACGAAUACCUUCCCAGCAGCAACAUCAUCAUCAGCAGCAGCAGCAAAUUAGUGUUCAGAUUCACGCACCAAAGUCACCGGCCGGUCCACCGAGAUCGAAAGGACCGCGUCCUUCGUCCGACGACAUCGACGACAUCUCUCUGCUACUGGGCAACGUUACGGUCUCACCGAGACCGGGAUAUCGAUAGUUACCAGCAGAUAGCAAAGAGAAUUAAAGAAGGCGAGAGCGAAAAAAGAGAUAUAUAUAUAUGGAAAGAGAGAGAGAAAGUGAGAUCUGUAAUAGGAUGGAGAUCAAAUUAGGACCCUACGGAGGUUAGGAAAACCCUUUCUGUGAUAAAUGGUACCGGGAACAGUGACAAUGGGGGCCGCUGAUGCCUAAAUGCUGGGAUUUGCAGACAAACAAUGGAUUUGGGAAACUUAUUGUAAAAGUACUGCUUAUAAUUCGGAAAGAUACUGCUAUAAACGACCUCUAAAAUACUUAACAAACAUACUUGAUAUAAUACUAUUACAACCGUAUAACAAUAUGUUGUUUUUUUUUUGGUCAAAACUCAUAUCCUGACACAAAGGUCCACAGAAUUCGAAGCAUUCCAUCAUAUAAAAUACAUUACAUUUAGCUGG